AUGGCCGCUCAUCCUGAAACAGAUGAAACCUGCAUUGGAUGCUCACUUCAACACCUUGACAUCUCUUUGGUGUUGGUUUGUGGUCACCGUCUGUGCCUCCAAUGCGCUUGGUGUGAGCUCAAGGCAUCGAGAUCUGUAAGUGCUCGUUGUCCGCGUUGCUCUUCUGUGACACAUGUAGACUCUCGAGCUGCAGAACAGAUCCAGGAAUUCACGCGCAAUGCUUCGCCACAAGCCUCCCCGGUCGAGCUCCAGAGGGAGCUUGGUGCUCUGCCAAAGUUUGCAGACUGUACAUUAUCAGAAGCCAGCAGCCGUGGCUUGAGGUUGACACCACCGUCGCGGGGCUCCAAACGAAGCCCCGAAAUUUCGAUUGUUUCACCCACCACUCCUACGACUCCUGAAGACCGUCAAGUGCCUAGCUCCGAACCCGAGCUGCGCGAGCGACGCGAGGGUGAAGAUGGAGCCCUUUGUGGCCAGUGCCAAAGCAGCCGUGCGCAGGUCCGCUGUUGCCAUUGUGAUGAGAUCUUCUGCGCCGAGUGCUCGGCCCGAAUGCACAGAACCGGCCGAAUGCGCGAGCACCGCCUGGUACCAAUAGCACGGAGGUGGUCAGACCAAGCUCGGGCAAAUGCUGUGAGUGCUGUGAGUGCUGCAAGUGCUGCAAGCGCUGCGAGUGCCGCGAGUGCUCAGCGCGCGGAAUACUAUUCGAGCAUGACGUGUCCAAAGCAUGCAGGCGAGGCUCUCCAGUUUUUCUGCCUGAGUUGUGUGGAGUGCAUCUGUGCAGAAUGUGCGAUUCAACGAGGAGCCGCUCAUCAUGGCCAUGAUGUUGUCAAUGUGAGAGUUGCCUUUCAGCAGCUCUCACAUUCGAUCAAACAGGCCCUGGAGACUGCUGCCGUUCGCCUACAGGGAAGUCCAGCAAGAAAACAAGCAGAAUUACAUCCAUUGGAGGAUGCUUUCAGCAAAGUCAAGCUUGAUGUCGUGAAUUCCUUUGAGUCACUGUUCUCUGCCCUGAAACAGAAGGAGGAGGAGCUCAUGGCAGGAGCGGAAGAGUGUGCCCGCCUUGUAGAUCAGACGCUGCUGGCAAAGGCCCAGCGAAACGAGGCGCAACUCACAGAACUGGGCCACUUGCAGCAGAUGCUGGACACGCUGACUGGGCUCACUGGUCAUGAGAUCGCGGACGAAGUCCAGCGUCUCAACCUUUAUGUUGCAGCCAAGGAUAGCUUGACCUCGCUAGCCUCGGAACGUGAAGUUGAGCCCUCGCAGAACAUGCCCACUUCGAGCGGCGAAACGCUUGCGAUUGGAGAGUCUGCCGCGCUGGAGGUCGCCGUGCAGCGAGUUGUAGAGACGUUGCGAGCCAAGCAGGCUGAAGUCCAGUCCUUUGCAAGAGAUCUCCGCGACGCCUGCAGCCUUUGA